AUGAGUAUUUUUUCAAACUCAGUACCACUUCCUUCAUCACCGGAUUCAAGCUCACAAUAUGAAAUAUUGCAAUGCAUAGGCCGUGGUAACUUUGGUGAUGUUUACAAAGCUAGGUAUUUAGCAACUAAUGAGAUCGUUGCCAUCAAGGUUGUCAAUUUAGAAGAUACUGAUGAACCCAUAGAUUUGCUAGCUCAAGAAAUAUUCUUUCUAUCCGAGUUAAGAUCGCCAUAUAUUACAAAUUACAAAACAGCGUUUUUAGUUGACGUAUCAAUGUGGAUUGUAAUGGAGUAUUGUGGUGGUGGCUCAUGUGCAGAACUUUUAAAAUAUACUCCAGAGCAUAAACUAACGGAAGACCAGUGUGCCUUUAUUGUAAGCGAAGUAUUGGUUGGUUUGGAUUACUUACAUUCGCAAAGAAAAAUCCAUAGAGAUAUCAAGUCAGCAAAUAUAUUAUUAACCGAUAAUGGACAUGUUAAAUUGGGCGAUUUUGGUGUUAGUGGCCAGAUGAUGGUUACCAGGAAGAGAGAUACUUUUGUUGGUACACCCUUCUGGAUGGCACCGGAGGUUAUUGAUAGGAAUAAGAAAGGUUAUAAUGAGAUGGCAGAUAUCUGGUCUCUUGGUAUUACAGUAAUUGAGUUAUUGAUGGGGCAUCCUCCCUUAGAUAAAUACGAUGCGAUGAAGGCAUUAAUGGCAAUUCCAAAAAGGGAUCCUCCGAAGCUAGAUAAAAGAUUCUCUUCUCACGCAAAAGACUUUGUUGCACAAUGUUUGAUCAAAGACCCAUCCCAGAGGCCAACUGCUUCAGAAUUAUUAAAACAUAGGUUUGUCAAGAGAGUUAGGUUAUACAAUUUGCGCGAUCAGGUGGAUCUUGUCAAGAGGAAUAAAAUGAUUUCGUUCGCCAGUCGGGAGCCCAAGUAUCCUCUACUAAACAAACUAUACAAGACUGGAAAAAAAUCAUACUUAGGAACUUGGGAUUUCGGUCUGUUAGAUUCGUCAUCUCCAGAGUCUCAAAUUAGUCCAAUAUUGUCUAGUAACUCGAAAACUCCAGAGACUAAUAUUACAUCUUCUCCCACGCUCAACGAUUAUUACGAUGAAAAAGCUAUGAAAGCGGCAAUCCCUAGACAAAAGGAAUUAAAUUUCUUUAAACAUGUCAUCAGGUACAGUUUAAGACGUGUUCGUGACCGAGCACGAACACAAGAGACUAAAGAUGCUGUAGAUCAAUUGUCCGUAGUAUUUGCGGAAAUUGAACAAAAUCAUCCCGGUUUAAGCGAGGCAUUUACAGAAGAGGUAUCAAGAAGAAUGAGCUAUCUAAAGCAGUAUAUAACCUAA